GGAGUAAUUACAUUGAGAGAGAAAAAGGGAGAGGAGAUCAGAAUAGUCCUGUUGAUCUGUCACAGCUCAUCAAAGGUGAAGAAGCAACUUGGUAUACACGAAGAAAGGUAAGGCUACACUCUGUCUACCAUACUAAUUUUAGAUCUUAGCAGUGUGAUUAGAAAUAUAUUCAUAUGUUAAUAUAUAAGAUUUCCAUUCAUAUUUCAAUAGAUGGCAGUGACUUGUGUCAUUUUGAAAUUUUAAUGACACAACAGAAAACCUUGGCUGUUACAGUUGAGUGUGUAUAGACCAUUGGGUGAAAUCAUAGUUCACAGUAAAAAGCGGAGUGAUUUGUCUAUACCUGGUUAGUUAAUUAUAAGUGUGUUUACCAGUAAAAAUAUUCCCAGUCUCAAUGAUAUUACAGUGUCAGUGCCUUUAACCUGGCACCAUUAGAGAGGGUUAAGUACAAAAUGUCUUCUCAUGGAGUGAAUCCGAGUCCAGAAAUAUCAUUAUUAUGGCAUGGUUUUCUUGUACAUCAGUGUUUUUCUAUGUUGGGAGUACCGACGUCCAUGGGAGAUAUUUCCAUGAGAGUGACACAUGAAAAAAAAAACCUGUGAACCGUUGGUGGAGAAGUUGAAUAGAAAGUAAACAAAGGCUAAGAGGCAAACUGAAGCAAACAGUCGGGGACUUUUAUGUUUGGUCAGUGGUGCGUAUGCUAAACACUGAGGAUAAUAAUUAUACUGGUCUUGGCGUAAAUCUGUUCCCUCCUGGUUAAUCAGGAUAGGUGGCUUUAGGUCACACCCAGAGACUAAGGGAGGGAGCUCAUGGGGGAGAAAACCUGGCUGGUGACUAAAAUAUGCAUGGCAUCAUGAUAGGGAUCAUUUCGCUUAAGCACUUUUACACACCCAAAAGAAUCCAGAGAAAGUGUGUUUUCAUACAUAAUUUAUAUUAUUAUGUGCAUUAUACACUUUGUACCAGACCUGUUCAGUCUGUUUAUGUAGUUAAUGUGAAUGACACUGAGACAUGGCAGUAUUUUAAUUGAUAGAAUACUCCAAAGCACUCUUGUGUUGCAAUGUAACGUCCCUCUGAGGAUACAUUGUUUUAUUCUUUCUUUCUUUCUUUUUUUCUUUCUUUCUUUCUUUCUUCCACAGUCAGCAGACUUAGACUACCUGUCUACAAUGUCCUACAAAACUCCAUACUCUCCUAAAACAAGUGAGAUGUUUUGUCAAAUAAAAGGUAUUAGCCAAUUAAUUUGUUGUGGCAUCUUGGGCCACACCUAUAAACCACCUAUCUGUCUGUUUGUCUUUCUGUGUUGUUCAUGUCUGUCUAGGUAUGAGCUCCAAUCAGGCUAUCAAAGACCUCAAGAGAAGGAGCCUUUUAACAGACGGCAGUUGGAUUAAAAAUACUGACGAAGAUGAAUCUGUGUUGUAAGAAAAAUUGAAUUCUCAUAUUAAUAUGAUAAAUAAUCUCUUCACAGUCCAACAUUGUUAUAUAUUUCACUAUGCCAGGGGUAUACAAAACAUAGCAAGGUGCUCAUUGGUUAAGUUCAGUAAACUCAUAAAAUGCCCUGAUUGGACCCUGUAUGUUGCUCAUAAUAAGAAUGUUUUUUGCACCCUGUCUAUACAGCAACACAGAAGAGGAGGAUCUGAGGCCGGCAUACAAGACUGGUUCAGUCGGCAACCUCUCAAAGAGAUUUGGUGGGAGCCAAGAUUUUCUUGACAAAAGCAGCAAAGCAAAGCCGUCACAGACAAUAGCUGCAAGCACCAGGUAUUCAACAUCAAUCUAAUGUAAAACUCUGUCUUAAUGGUCUCCAUGUUGCACACAAUCUCAAAGAGGUGAACUAAAUUUAUGUGACAAAAGAACUUUUUAUUUUCAUGCGGAUUGUUAAAACCUUUGCUCUUCAUAUUGUCAUACAUUUGAUAAAAUUCCUAUUAAUAGUGAAUAAUGAAGAUUUCCUAUCCAAAGCAAUAAAAUCCCUUCUCAUAUCCCUUCACAGAUUUGGUGGGAGCCAAGAUUUUCUUGACAAAAGCAGGUCAGUUUCUUAGUGGCCCAUGAAUCCCAAUGCCAUCUUGUUACAGUGACAUGAAAUAGAUGAGAAUGUUGUUCACGGGUGUGUAAGAGUAUGUUUUCCCUCAUUUCUGUUACAGCAAAGCAAAGCCGUCACAGACAAUAGCUGCAAGCUCAAGCACCAGGUAUUCAACAUCAAUCUAAUGUAAAACUGUCUUAAUCAUCUCCAUGUUGCACACAAUCUCAAAGAGGUGAACUAUGUGACAAGAGAACUUUUUAUUUUCAUGCGGAUUGUUAAAACCUUUGCUCUUCAUAUUGUCAUACAUUUGAUAAAAUUCCUAUUAAUAGAUUAAAAGAUUUCCUAUCCAAAGCAAUAAAAUCCCUUCCCAUAUCCCUUCACAGAUUUGGUGGGAGCCAAGAUUUUCUUGACAAAAGCAGGUCAGUUUCUUAGUGGCCCAUGAAUCCCAAUGCCAUCUUGUUACAGUGACAUGAAAUAGAUGAGAAUGUUGUUCACGGGUGUGUAAGAGUGUGUUUUCCCUCUUUUCUGUUACAGCAAAGCACAGCCGUCACAGACAAUAGCUGCAAGCUCAAGCACCAGGUAUUCAACAUCAAUCUAAUGUAAAACUGUCUUAAUCGUCUCCAUGUUGCACACAAUCACAUUAUGUUGUUUCUGUCAUCUUCCAGUGUCAUUAAGACAUCAACAGCCGACACCAAAACAAUCACACCUGGGUCAAGCAAGCCUCCACUCCCUACUAAGUACAAAUACAUACCUUCAAUCAUGUUGUUUGUUUGUUUGUUUUUGCAUUGGUGAAAGGAAUGGAUCAUGUCCAUUUAUUUAUCUAUGUUUCAUUGUGGAUUUUGUUAGACCGGAAAGUCCAGGAAGGAGCAACUUCACAGACAGAGUUUUCUCUGCCAACAAAUCGUAAGUGUAGCUCUGCAGAGAGAAAUGAGUGGGAAUGAACUUCAGGUCACAACAUUUGUUUUCACUGCCACACAUGUGCUUUUCUGAACUGAAGUUUGACAUUCAGCAAGACCCAAUGCAAAGACAACUUUCUUCUCUCUUCCUCACAGAGGUCUUCAAAGAUACUCAUCUCCACAGAGUAAAACAACCACAGUGGCAAAGGACACCACACCCAGCAAGGAGGCUACAAAUGGGUAAGUCAUGCAAUCAAAUAAUACCUGUAAACAUCAUAUUACAUUACAUUAUCAUAGGUGCCCAAGGCUUCCAAUGUAUUAGUACAUUUACCGAUGAGGUUGACAUCAAAUGUUAGGUAGUCCUGUUAGUUGAACACUAUCAACUAAAGCUUUGAGGUGAAUUAUCUGGGUUCAGUAGAGAUCAGAAAGAAGAAAUAUGUUGUCUAUGAAAGCAUCCCCUUUCAAAGACUGAGGAAAUGUUUGAUUGAAUUUAAAGUCAAUGUUAUAGAGUCUUGUUCCAUUCUCAGUUCACAAAAUAUAGGAUUGCAGGAAAAAUGAAGAUGAACAUCUAUUCCAAGUAAUGCAUUUGAAGGCCACAUGUGAAAUUGAUAGAUGACUUAACACUGGUUGACAUGUAUGGAGUAUUUACAGUUUUUGUCCUUCUACAAAGAGAUAUUAUCUUAGGUCAUGUCAGAUAGGCAUGAGAAGUAUGUAGCUAAAGGAGGCAGCUGCUUCAAUAGCUUGCAGUAGGUUGGAUUAGCACUGUGUAGUCAGUGUGUGUGAGUGCAGAGUGCUUUUUUAUGUGCUUGAGUGAACUAGUAAAUUAGAGCUAGCUAUCGAUUGACACAUAAACAAUCUUCAAAUACGUACUUUAAAGGCUUCAGCAGUGACACAUCGUAUUGAGAGCAAAUUAAAAGGGUGAUAAUUUGACAGAUGACAUACAAGGCGUGGACAACAAUCAAUCCUGUGAACCCAUAUCUCAGAAGAGGCUCCAAGGGGAAACUGUCAAACACUAAAGCUGGUUCUAUUCUCAAGCACCACUGAAGUGCUCACAGCAUCUAUUGAUAAAGUAUGUUAAUAAGUCAUUCAAACUCUUUUUUUUAGGGUCAAGAUCAAGCCCACAAGUCCCAUUUUCUCUUAUAAUACAAAGAGCAGGUAGGCAACCAUGGACAUUCAGAUAUGUACUCCAGGAGAAGAGUCUUCGAUAUUAUACCAUUCUUAUGCCACAUAACAUAAUUCAUAUCAGAAAAGUAUGUGCAGAAAUGUAUUUAAUUCUGUAUUCACCCGACAUCUUUCCCUCAUUCAGUGCUGAGAGUACCCCCAAGUCUCCUGAUCUGGUUCCGACUGCAUCUACUUUAUCUCCAAGGUGAGAUCACAGGUUACCUGAUAACUUAGUUUCCUCAGAUGCUCUGUGCCCUAUCUUACAGUACAUGUAAUACACUCUUCAACAGCACAUCUAAUGAGAAAGAACUUUGCAUUCAUUAAUGCAUCGGAUAUGCAAAUUAAUUAUCAUUGACAUCUAUACUUAUUACAGUGAAACAUUUAUUUUCUGAAUCUCUUACUAACUCUUGUUUUGUUUUUACGUUUUUGAUGAAAGAAAAUCUCCUCCACCCUUUUUCUCUGAUGAGUAAGUCUACAAACACACACAUUAUGAGCCAACAAUAUUUUAAAUCUCCCUUCAAUAUCAACAGGCUUCUGUCUUUUUCUUAUUUCUGUUUUUCUUUCUUUGUAAAAAAAGAACAAAAAACCGGAGCACUUCCACAACACCAGGAAGUGCAGAGGAACCCCCAUCCUCAACAAUGUCAGAAUCCCAGCUUCAGAACCACAAACCAAGGUACUCCUUGUGAAAAAUAUCCACAGCACGUGAUUCAUUCAGCCCCUAAAUAACAACAAAUGAACAAUGUAAAUGAUCCAUCACAUAAUCAUUAGUACACCAUCCUAGACCGUGCAAACCAUAACUGAGAGUCCUUUACAGACAAGAGCAGUUAUGACAAGAGAGGAAACUCAGCCAUUGAAUUUAAAAAGGAAAUCAAGAUCAGACAAAAGACAAAGCUACAGAAGAAUUGUCUCUCUGUGAGACAGUGCUGUAUUCAUUGUGUUGUUGCAUAAGUGGUGGAAUCACCAGAGGAACAGUGCUCACAUUCUGUGCGGUCUUUGAAAACCCCUUAGCAUGCUCUGUAAUUCCAAGUACUUGGCAACCAGGUUUCAGCCAGGUGACAGACCAUAAUGCUAUGUUUGUUGUUGUUUUUCAGCACUCUGGACGACCUUGCUGACACCCUUAUCCCUACACCGACUCAAACUGUAGACUCAGCUCCUGUAAAGGCAGCAAGUGACAGCAACACUCUGGAAAGCCUUGCUGAUACUCUCCUUCCAACAACAAUCCAGAAAGAAACUAACGGGAACUCCAUCCCUGAAAGCAAGCUAGACAGCCUUGCAGAUACACUCGACCCUUUCUCAUCACGAGCUCCAGAUACACUCGACCCUUUCUCAUCACGAGCUCCAGCUCCGGAGAAAACUCUGAGCAGUCCAUUAGACAGCCUUGCCGGCACACUUCUGUCUACCCCGACUAAGUCCAUGAACGGCUCGUCUGAGAAAUCCUUCACAGACAGCUCCAAAUACAGCCCUGGAGGCACGUACAUUUCCUCGAGCACAUCGCAGAGUGUGCGUUCCCCGUCUAAAAGCACACUGGCUGACAGAAACCUGUGCUCCUUCUGCCACCAGUCCAUUGUAGAAAACACCAGGAUGAUUGUGGACGAGCUGCAGAUCUUCAGCCACGCAGGCUGCUUUAAGUGUGCAGUGUGUCACUGUAACCUAGGCAACCUGGAGGCGGGGGACAGCCUGUGGGUCUACAGGAGCACAGUAAACUGUGAUGGCUGCUACAGCAAGUUGAGAGAUCGUUGGUUUCAUUGAGUAUGGAUGGAACACGGAUAUGCAUAUAUUCAUCAUCGUGGAUACCAAACACUACUAGUCGACUGUACAUUUUUCACCAAUAUUAUCGACAUCAGAUAUUAAUUAUUACCUUUUACUUAAGCUGCAUUCAGUAGGCUAUAUAUUCACUAUUCUGUGUAAUUGUUUUUAUUUACUUCUCUAUUUCUGUGAAUUAGCCUAUGGUUAAUGGUUAAUAAUGGUUAAGUUAAUUUAAAGCAAGUCCUCCACUUGCACAGACAACUGACUACUCUAUGUAAAAUGCAACCAAAUUUGUUUUCCCAUACCUGCUUCUUACAAGAUCUUAACAGUACAUUUUAUGUUAUGGUUAUGGUUAUGUUCAAUAAAGGUCUCACGCUUCUGUUAGUGAA